AUUCAAAUUAACCCUUAGAAGAUAGGGUGAAAAUGUGGAUAAAAUAAUUGUUAAUGAAAAAAAUGCCAGACUCGAAUGUCAGAGGAGCUGAAAGUGUAUCACUGAGUGAUAAUCACAAUAAGUAAGGGUGAAUAAUGUCAAAAAAGGGCUGAGUAAACUUGGGAAUCGGCGAAGAAGUGACCGGGUGAGAUUACGUACAAUUAAUAGAAAUAAUGAAGACAACGACCCUGAUGUACCCAAUAAUCCAAGAGUUUUAUUACCAGAAGAAAUGGAUGUGGAAUAUGGGAUAAUCCAGCCAGGAAUUGAAAUAAAUCCUGAACAUUUUGUUCAUGAAGAAAAUGAAAAUAAUCUUGGAAACACCGCAGAAGCGGAUGAUUCGAGUGAGGCAAGUUUGAGAGCACAUGAUGAACAUGACCAUGAAGAUGACGAUGAUGAUGAAGAAGAUUUAAGCAGUGUAUCUACUGACCCUCACUACAGCUCAUCAGACAAUGAAGAAUAUGCAGGCAUAUUUCCGGAUAAUGAAGCACAGUUCAUUGAUCAACCAUUAUUUCAAGGAUCUCCUGUAACUCUAAUGGAGAGCAUGCUAUUGAUAUUAACAGUUUUACUGCAUCACAACGUAACAAUGACAUGUCUGUCCGACAUUAUUGCACCCUGCGCCCCGGGGCUCAAAGUGUACUUUCCGACACUGCUAAGAAACGAAAUAAUAAAGCCAAAUUAGUUUUCAAC